AUGAGCAUUACACGAUCUACUCAUACAAUAUCUACCUUACCAAAUGGAACAGUGCUAGUUGCUGGUGGAAAUAGUGCUAAUGGUUACCUAAAUAGUGCUGAAUUAUAUGAUCCAUCAACAGAAGUUUGGACAAUGACCGGAAAUAUGAGUACUACACGCUUCGUACAUAAAGCAGUAUUAUUACAAAGUGGUAAAGUAUUAGUUACUGGUGGAUAUAGUAGUAUAGGUUAUCUCAGCAGUACUGAAUUAUAUGAUCCAUCAACAGGUAUGUGGACUACCACAGGAAAUAUGAUUGCGGGACGGUUAUGUCAUACAGCAACUAUACUGUCAAACGGAAAAGUAUUAGUUACUGGCGGAUAUAGUAGCACUAGUCAACUAAAAAGUGCUGAAUUGUAUGACCCAACGACAGGUACCUGGACAGCUACAGGAAGCAUGAAUGUUAUACGAGUAUGCCAUACAGCAUCUACAUUAGCAAAUGGAAAAGUAUUAGUUGCCGGUGGAUAUAAUGGUGCUCUUCUAAAUAGUACUGAAUUGUAUGAUCCGUCAACAGGUACUUGGACAAUGACAGGGAAUAUGAAUGUUCCACGAGUACAUCAUACUGCAUCUACAUUAGUAAAUGGAAGAGUAUUAGUUACUGGUGGACUUAGUAGUAGUAGUAGUGGUCUUAUUAGUGCUGAGUUUUAUAAUUCAUCAACAGGUACCUGGACAAUUAUAUCAAACAUGGCUAUUGGACGCGUAUAUCACACAGCAUCCAUAUUAACAAAUGGACAAGUAUUAAUCACUGGUGGAACUAAUGGUACUACUAUUUAUUUGAAUAGCACUGAAUUAUAUGACCCAUCAGCAAGUACUUGGACUACCGUAGCGAACAUGAAUACUGGACGACGUAACCAUACAGCAGCCGUAUUAUCAAAUGGGAAAGUGCUAGUAGUUGGUGGAUAUAAUAAUGGUGGUUUUCUUAACAGUGCCGAACUGUAUUGA